AUGCUCACGCCGCCCCAGCCGCAUAACGAGCCCCAUCCGAAUCCCCCCGUCUCCAAAUCCAACCUCGACGGCGGCAGUGGCGGACAGUUCUCGCGAAAACCCAGCAUUGCCGCCUCUAUCGCCGACACCCAGCCCGAACGCAGGCCGUCCCUCGUCGCUGACGCACUCGAAGACUCGGCCGACGGAACGGACCUGGGCGCCAAGGCUAGCAAGGACCCAAACAAGUCCGACGCGCCUCCUCCCUGGAGCGAGCUCAAGACCAAGGCCGGUAAGGACCGGAAACGCCUCCCGCUGGCCUGCAUCGCCUGUCGCCGCAAGAAGAUCCGCUGCUCUGGCGAGAAGCCGGCCUGCAAGCACUGCCUGCGGUCGCGCACCCCCUGCGUCUACAAGGUCACCACGCGCAAGGCCGCGCCCCGCACGGACUACAUGGCCAUGCUCGACAAGCGCCUCAAGCGCAUGGAGGAGCGCGUCAUCAAGGUGAUCCCCAAGUCAGAUCAGGGUUCCAUCUCAUCCGUUACCAGGGCCGUCGUCAAACCCGCCAUGCCCGGUACUCUCGGCUCCAGCAAGCCCCUGUCCAGGAAGCGCGGUGCCGACGAUGCCUUUGGCACCGGCUUCGAGGCCUGGGCCGACGCGUCCCCCGAGCCCGGACCCGAGGACGACAAUGCGCUCGAGGCCCAGGAGACGGACGAGAACAAGCUCUUUCAGGAGGGCCGCGACGCGCUCCCGCCCAGGGACACCCAGGAGCACCUAGCCGAAGUCUACUUCGAUCACGUCUACGGCCAAGCCUAUCCUUUGCUGCAUAAGCCGAGCUAUAUGCGCAAGCUGAAGAACAAUGCGUUGCCGCCCGUCCUCGUCCUCUCCGUCUGUGCCGUUGCCGCACGCUUCUCGGCCAAUCCCCAGCUCAACUCCUCCGCGACCAAGCAGUGUCUGCGCGGCGAGGAAUGGGCCGCGCCCGCACGAGAAAUCUGCACCCGCCGAUACGAGUCGCCCAACAUCACCAUCCUCACCUGCCUCCUCAUCCUGGGCCUUCACGAGUUCGGCACCUGCCAGGGGAGCCGCAGCUGGGCGUUGGGCGGCCAGGCCACCCGCAUGGCCUUUGCGCUGCAGCUGCACAAGGACCUCGACCACGACCCCAUGCGCAGGAAGGGCCAAGGCAAGCUCAGCUUUGUCGACCGCGAGAUCCGUCGCCGCGUCAUGUGGUCGUGCUUCCUCAUGGACCGCUUCAACUCGUCGGGCACCGAGCGGCCCAUGUUCAUCUUGGAGGACGUCAUCGAGAUCCCCCUACCCGUCAAGGAGAGGCACUUCCUGCUCGACAUGCCAGCUGUUACCGAGACGCUCGACGGAUCGGUCCCUUCGAGCACGCCCGAAGGUGCCAACGCGGCCGGCGACGCCACCGAGAACAUGGGCGUCAGCGCCUUCAUGAUUCGGGCCGUCGCCCUCUGGGGCCGCAUCACUGCCUACGUCAACCGAGGCGGCAUCACGUCGGACACGAAGCCCAUGCACGACGAAUCGUCGGGUUUCUCGAACCUAGCUAGGCAGGCAGAAGCACUCCUGCAUGGAAUGCCCGAUGCGCUCAGCUAUUCGUCCGACAACAUCUCCCUCCACCAGAUCCACCACACGGCCAACCAGUUCCUCCUGCUGCACCUGAUGCUGCAGCAGAACGUGCUGUUCCUGUUCCGGACCGCCAUAAGCGCCACCAGCGGCGUGCCUGACGACGUGUUUACCGCCAAUGCCAGGACCAAGGCCUUUGAGGCUGCCGGUAGGAUCUCCGACAUCCUCCGGGACGCCGAGGAGUUCCGCGUCGUCAUCUCGGCCCCCGUGGCGGGGUACUGCGCCUUCUCGUCGACGUCGAUGCACAUCCGCAGCAUCCUGUCUGGCCAUGCGUCUAGCAAGGCUGCGGCCGAGGCCAACGCGGCCACCAACGUCCGGUUCGUCCGCAAGAUGAUGACCUUUUGGGGCAUGUUCCACUGGAUGGAGGAGGACGUCCGAUCCCAGUACCGCCGGGCCCUGGACCGCAGCCGCUCAGGGCUCCCGCCCGACGACUCCGAGGCGACGCUGCCCAUUCUGCAAUACGGCGAUUGGUUCAGUCGCUACCCGCAUGGUGUGUCCGACGCCGAUUUCAUGGAUCCGGCCGUCCAAAAGAAGCGGGAGAAGGGUGCCGAUGGCGUCCUCGAGCAGAAGCCCGAGCUACACUCCGUCGGGGAGUUCUUCAGCAUGUUAUCGUCCCCCAAUAGCUCCGACAAACGGCAAGGCCAGAACUCGUCACAGCAGCAGCCACCCGCGGCCAAACGAAAGGCGACCAGCAAGAAGAUGACGGCUGCGUCCGGCUGCCCGGCGGAGAAGACAGUCCCCAAGUCGACGAUGCCGAAGAAGAACAAGCCUCCUUCCCUCGACACGGCGCAGCAGAGCACAACCCCAGGCCCGGAGCCCGCAUCCGCCCACAUCAACCCGACGACUGCGCAGGUCCAGCAGCCGUCUCGCCGUCCAUCCGUACCAUUAGUCGGCACGCCCUCGCCGUUCCACCAUCCCUUCACGACAACGCAUACUCAGCAGCAGCCUGCGACGGUGACGUACUCUAUGCCCAUCAGCCCGGUUCACCAAUUCGGACCACCGAAUGCGCCGCCACCGCCACCGCAACCGCAACCCCAGCAGCACCAGCAGCACCAGCAGCACCAGCAGCACCAGCAGCACCAGCAGCAACAGCAACCCCAGCCUAGCCCCUUCUUCCCGCCCGACAUGAUGCAGCACAUGGGGAUGCCGAACCAGCAGCCCGAUCCCGCCAUGAUGGGCUCGCUGGACCAGUCCCUCUCCUCGUUUGGCGGGUACCCCGCCAUGGACGACCAUCAGCACCAGCACGUCCUGGGAGGGGCUGGAGGGACGCAGGGAUGGCACGAUGCACCUGCUCCCGGUCCCCCCGGGAGUGCGGCAGGUCAUCAUCACCACCAGCACCACCACCCGCAGCAGGUUGCCAUGGCGGAGCAUCAGCAUGCCCACAUGCCUACGCAGGCAGAUGGCAUGAGUGCGGAUGCGUGGUUCGUCACAUCGGAUAUGCAGUCCGACGCCUUCAGUGGAAUUUUUGGGAACGGGAUGCACGGGCAGAAUCCGCUGGGGGGUUUGAGACAUGCGCAGUAA